UUAGGCCCCACAGAGAAGAGAGAGAGAGUUAGAGUGAGAGAGAGGAGAGAGACAAGGCGAGGAGGAGACGGGCUUCUCGCAGUAAAACAGAAAGAUCAGUUAUAUCCCAUGGCCCUCUCACCAAAAGGCCUGCAGGAUUCAUUAAUAUUAAAAAAAACAGGAGGAGUUGUUGCUUAAAGGCCGAUACCAGGCGAGGGGAGGGGCUGGAAACGUUUUUUCCGGCUAGAUAUACAGCUGCCAGAACCCCUCACCAUGGCUUCGUCCCCGGUGACUGCUCCGCCCGCGGAGAACCCAUCGACCCCGAGUCCCCCUUCACCUCUGGAUGCUGGCGCCCCUCCGCCAAGCACCCCUCCAGGAUUGGACACCCCCCCACCAUCCACCGCCCCACCACCCACAACCCCUCCUCCAGUGGAGUCCACACCCCCUCCAUCACCUCCAAAAUCUCCACCGCCAUCUCCACCACCGCCUCCACCUCCAGAGAGCUCGAAUCCUCCUCAGACCCAACCUGCACCUCCCCCUCCAGAGACUGGAAGACCUCCUCCUGGUAACACUGCAAGUCCGCCGCCACCUCCAAAUGUUCCACCACCACCCCAGAGUCAGAGUCCUCCUUCGGGGUCCUCUGGAUCACUUGCACCCCCACCUCCACCUAAACACUCAUCCAGGACCCCAAGUCCUCCUCCUCAUACACCGAGCUCGCGUUCAAAGUCAAGCCCUCCGCCCCCGUCGGGUAGGUCGGACGAGAGGACAGCGCUGAUUGCCGGGGUCGCUGCGGCGGGGCUACUGGCUUUGGUGAUCCUUGGGUUGGUGGUCCUGUGUUGUAGGAAGAAGAAGAGGAGGCAAGAUGAUUCCAUGCAUUACUAUGUAGGAUCUGUACGUCCACCAAAAGGUGAUUACUAUAGCAGUGGGCCGAAUUGGCACAACCAUGGGUCCGCCCCACCAAACGACCGCAUCGUAAAAAUGGGCCCUGGAGGUGGCCCACCCCUUCCUCCGCCCCCAGGCGGCGGUGGUGGUGGCGGAGGCUGGCUCGCCCCUCCACCUCCCCCCCCUCUCAUGAGCAGCAGCGAUAUGAGCAGCUCCAACUACUCGGGCCCCCGCCAGAGCCCCCUCCCGCCUCCAUCUCCUAACAUGGCGCUCGGUUUCACAAAGAGCACCUUCACAUAUGAGGAAUUGGCAGCAGCAACAAAUGGGUUUUCGCAGUCGAACCUGUUGGGGCAGGGAGGGUUUGGAUAUGUACACAAGGGUGUGUUGCCCAGUGGGAAACAGAUAGCAGUGAAGCAGUUGAAGGCGGGGAGCGGGCAGGGUGAGAGGGAGUUCCAGGCCGAGGUGGAGAUCAUUAGCAGGGUGCACCACAGGCACUUAGUCUCGCUGGUUGGGUACUGUAUUGCCGGUGGGCAAAGGAUGCUGGUGUACGAGUUUGUGGAAAAUAACACGCUCGAGCACCAUCUGCAUGGAAAGGGUCGCCCUACUAUGGAUUUCCCAACAAGGAUGAAGAUUGCAUUGGGAUCAGCCAAGGGGCUGGCCUACCUUCAUGAAGAUUGCCAUCCUCGUAUUAUCCAUCGUGAUAUCAAGACAGCUAACAUUCUCCUUGACUACAAGUUUGAGGCCAUGGUUGCUGAUUUUGGGCUCGCCAAGCUGUCCUCUGAUAACUACACUCAUGUUUCAACACGUGUCAUGGGAACUUUCGGAUACUUGGCUCCAGAGUAUGCAUCAAGUGGGAAAUUGACUGAGAAAUCAGAUGUAUUCUCGUAUGGUGUGAUGGUCCUUGAGCUCAUAACAGGACGUCGACCCGUCGAUGCAGCCCUCAUGGAGGAUAGUUUGGUCGAUUGGGCACGGCCUCUCCUCACACGUGCAUUAGAAGACGGUAACUUUGACGAGCUCGUCGACCCUAACCUAGGUGACAACUACGAUGUUGAUGAGAUGGCACGCCUCAUCGCUUGUGGUGCUGCGACCGUGCGCCACUCUGCUCGCCGCCGCCCCCGAAUGAGUCAGAUUGUGCGUGCCCUAGAAGGUGACAGCUCGUUAGAUGACUUAAAUGACGGGGUGAAGCCGGGCCAUAGCCGCGUGUACGGGUCAUAUGGGAGCUCAGAUACUGAAUCCGGAUCAUACACCUCAGAUGUGAAAAGAUUUCGAAAGGUCGCUUUGGCAAGUCAAGAAUUUGGAAGCAGUGAGUAUAGUGGGCCCACCAGUGAGUAUGGCCUCCACCCUUCAUCCUCAAGCAGUGAGGGCCCACAUUCUAGAGAGAUGCAGCCCACUAGGCCCAUUAGAAAAAUCCCAUGAAUUUCUCUCUCUAAAACUCACUGAUCAUCUCUCUUCUGUGAUAUAAAGCUCAAUAAUGGUUUGUUGUUGUUAUAGGGUUAUUGAGGGUAAAGUGUGAUUAGGGGUUUGUUGAUGGAGGCCAUUGUUCUUUGGUUUCUCUCCCUUAUUGCUUUUGUUGGUUGGGUUUCUCUCUCUUACAUUUUGUUGUGUGAAGUGGUUGGUAGACCUUGGGGUCUAUGUUGGUGGUGUGCAUCUAUCUACCAAGAAAAGACAUGGAUCCUCGUAAUUGGUGGGGCAAUAUAUUCUUUUGUUCUUAUGGACUUAAAAGGGUGGAAUACAUUCACUUUGUCCCC